GAAAUUAGGCGCCGCGGGACGAGAUAUUGUCUUGUCUGGUAAUUGGGCAACUACCUGCCUAUUAUCCCAGGAAGAACAUCCUAACCAUUUUCGACUUUUGUUUCCUAUUCCUAAAAUUCAAUAAAGAAACAUUUAUCCUACGACCGAAACAAAAGUCCGAAAUCUUGUGAAAUCUUCGCAAUGUUUCUUCCUUUCUAUUUUCAGCAACAACAUAUAUGAAUCAUUUAUCCGUAUAUGCACAUACAUGCAUAUACACAUAUUCAUCCACCCAGCCCCUGCAAUUCCAAUUCUGCGGCCCAAUUUCUCCCUCAGACUCCACCGGGGAUGUUCUUCUGACAUUUAACGGUUGUGAAAAAAGGGAUCAGGAGAGAGAAUUCAUUAGAACUGUAGUGCAUGUAUUUGUGAGCUGGGUUCUUUCAAAUCAGAGUGAAAGAUGUCUAUCCAUCAGGGCAAUUCAGACGGCAACAAUGGCUCAGCAGUUUAUUCACGUGCUGAAGGCUCCUGCCUCUAUGAACUUCUACAAUUGGAAAUCACCCCAAGUUUUCGUCGUCAAAUGGAUAUACAUGACAAAUCUUUAAGUCCUCGGCUUAGACUGCAGGCUCUGUUGAAAGAAUCCAACAAUAAAAAUUGUGCUGAUUGUGGAUCUCCAGAUCCAAAAUGGAUAUCAGUGAGUCUCGGAGUUUCAAUAUGUAUCAAGUGCUCUGGUGUACAUAGAAGUCUUGGAGUGCAUAUAUCAAAGGUUUUAUCGGUGAGUCUGGACGAGUGGACAAAUGACCAAGUCGAUGCUUUCAUAGAAAUGGGUGGGAACGCCAUUGCAAACAUGAAGUAUGAAGCUGCCCUUCCAGAUAAUUUUAAGAAGCCAAAACCGGAUUCAUCUAUAGAAGAGCGCACCGACUUUAUAAGGAGAAAAUACGAGAAGCAACAGUUUCUGAACUACGAUGUACAUAUGCUAUGUCCGGUUGCAUCUUCUGCAUCCCCCUCUUAUUGCGAUACAUUAGCCUAUUAUUCUAGCACAACGCCCGAGAGGAAACACCAAUAUGAACAGAAGCACUCGAAUAGCCAUCAUCGCGCCCAUGGCUUUGGGCAUUUCCGCCAUAGCCGGAGAAGGAAAGAGUCUGAUCACCACAGGAGUAGGAAAAGUAUUUCAACGGCAGGUAUGGUUGAAUUCAUAGGACUUAUAAAGGUCAAUGUGGUGAGAGGUACCAACCUGGCUGUUCGCGAUAUGGUAACUAGCGACCCUUAUGUUAUUCUGUCGUUGGGAACCCAGUCGGUGAAAACUCGCGUUAUAAAGAACAAUCUGAACCCGGUCUGGAACGAGAAGCUGAUGUUGUCAAUCCCAGAUACCAUUCCUCCAUUAAAAGUGCUGGUGUAUGACAAGGAUACAUUCACAACGGACGAUUUUAUGGGGGAGGCCGAGAUCGACAUCCAACCUCUCGUGGUGGCUGCACGAGCAUCGGAGGGUUCUCCGACACCACAAAACGAGCCAGCAACGCCACAGCCAGCAGCAACGACACAGCCAGCGGGGAAAUGGAAGACGGUGAAGGAGAACACGCUGCACGUUAAGGAUGGCGUUAUACAGCUCUCAGAGGGGAAGGUGAAACAGGAAAUAGCAAUAAAGCUGCAGAAUGUUGAAAGGGGUGUGCUGGAGAUUGAGCUUGAAUGUGUCCCUCUAACUCAAUAGAAGCCCAAGGGUGGUUGAAGAAUCUAAAGGAAAACAAAAAAAAAAAAACAAAAAACAAAAAAAAAGGAAUGCAGGAAAAUUACUUCUUUUAUUUUAUUUUAUUUUAUUUUUAUUUUUAUUUUAUUUGAACUGUUUUUGACUCAAAUGUAAAGUGUGGAAAAACCAUUUUAUGCUUUGGAAUGGAUAAAAUCCUUUAUCCAUACCAUACCAUGA